CAUUAGCGUCCAUGUCAGAUUUCUUUGGACGAUAAAAGGCACUGCGGCGUUGUUUCAUAUACUUUAGCGACUAGUUGUACAAUAUUUUAGAUAAAAAAAUAAGCUAAAAGACAGUAUUGAACGAAAUCAAUUAUUCAAAUGUCCGCUACAUUGAAUAAAUUCUGGAUAGAGUUUAUAGAACUCUACAAAUCCUUGCCGGAAUUAUGGAAGCAAGAUUCAGACGAUUAUAGCAAUAGAAAUCUUCGCAAGAGGGCCUAUGAGGUCAUGCUUGCUAAAUAUCAUGAAAUUGAUAAAGAGGCUAACCUUUUUGCGGUGAAAAAGAAAAUAAACAAUAUACGGACAAGUUUUCGACGUGAAUUUAACAAAGUUAAACGGAGUCAACAAACAGCAACAAAUCCCAAUGAGAUUUAUGUUCCAACACUUUGGUAUUAUGACCACAUGGACUUUCUAAUGGACGAAGAAGAUGAUUAUGCCGGUGGUGAUACCACAACAGUAGCUAUAGAGGAAGUGGACAUGGAUGAAGAAUAUCAACCUCCUCAUCGUGGCCAGCCGACGCCAACACCGCAACCUAAGAAGAGAAAAUUCGUGAUGGUUUCAUCACAAAAUGAGCAACCACCUAUGAGAACUGACCCAUCCAGCGCCAUAAGUGGCUCGUGGGAAGCUCUUUAUCGUGAAUUAGAUCAACGCCAAAAACUAUAUGCCAACCGGAUGAUAACUGAAGUUCUAUACCAGGCAGCAUUGGGUAGACUACAUGAGAACUCCUACAAGUUAUUAGAUAUGACUGUUGAAGAUACGAAUGAGGCGGGCAAUUACAGUUCCGAUAGGGAAUCGGAAACUCAAUACUAUUUAACGGAAUCGCCAGAACCUGAAGAAUCUGUAAUUGAAAAUGAAAUGUUAAGAAAACGACCUAAGACUACCAAGUAAUAAAAUGUGGCUCCCAAAUUAUAGGCUUUAUGAUUUUCAAAAACAA